UAAGACACAGUACCCAGCUUUUGUUGGAGAACAAGUCUCAGCAUUGAGCUUUGCAAAGUAUUUCUUGUUCCAUGGAAGCCUUAUUUUUCCUUGCCAGGACAUAUCCCUUCGGUGACACAGCUCUUCAGAUCUACACCUCUCCCUUCAGUGAGGUCGUUACCAAAGGCAUCAACGUUGCGGAGCUUCAGACGGUUUAUGUGCGAUGUUCGACGGGCUGCAGUGAAACUGGUCGUGCUUACCUUGCUUUGCGAUCGAUUACGCCUUCGAACCUCUUUGUCAAGGAAUGCGACAGCUCUGUGACGGAUGGAGUCAUGGUCUCCUACGGGAACGAGAACACGGGGUCAGUAUCUCUGGUGCACAAGAGCGGAGACUUGUGGGCCAUCGAGAACAUCGAUGCAACUUCACUCAUUGCGGGCAGAUACUAUGGGAUUUGUGUUGACAUGGACGGUGCAGUGUCUACCCUUGGCUUCGGAGACACAGGCUUCAUGAUCUACGUGAGUGGGUUGGAAGGGAUUUCACCCUCUGCUAUACGUCAAGCGUUUGCUCAGGAGAUCCAGCUGACCUGCCCCUAUUGUAAUCCAAACAAUGACAUCACUCAAGCCUACAUCUCCUUGGAGUGUGACACAACGCUCUACUUUGGUUUCAAUCUGCCGGCUACAACUGGUGUGAAUUCGCCAACAAAUCGAUUGCCUGGCCCCGGUGGAUCAACCACACCUGAUGCCACGAAGCUCUACAUCGAUGCCAGAGAGUUGGACCUGGGCGGUGUGUAUCAUCUCUGUAUGGACUUGGAUGGCUCCAAUGCCAAGAUGGGGAUGGGAGACACUUCCUUCCUAGUCUAUGUCACCACCAUGACUGCUAUCAAUCCUUGGGGAAUCCUGCCAGCUCAAAAUCAGACUGUGGUGAUGACCUGCCCAAGUGGUUGCUCUGAUGCAUCGGCAGCCUACGUGGGAAGCUACUGUGAUGAGACAGUCAAAAAUGGAGAGAUGACGGCUGUCACAGGGGAAAGGACAACUCAUGGCAGCUUCACCAAGCCCAGUACCUUGCCCACAGACGACUAUGAGGUAAUGUUGGAUGCAGAAGGAAUGACGCCUGGAAAGCACUACUCAUUCUGUACAGAUUUGGAUGGCAGCAACACUUACUUGCCCUGGGGCAACGCCGACUUGCCAAUCUACAUCUCUCCUGUAAACAAGACUUGGUACAACGGCUUCUAUUCGAGCGCAACUGCAGAGUUGCGGCUAAAUUGUGAGAGCUGCUCCAUUGACAGUCGCGUGUACAUCAUAGACGAGCAGUAUUUCUGCGACCACUUGGACUUUGGCGGCCAGAAGACUGGGAGUGCGGACCAGUCAAGUUCUGUCGCAACCACUCCACUAGGGGGAACAGCAGGAGUUGUGCUGGCUUUUGUGGACAGCACAGCCUUGACUCCGGGAUUGAGGUUUCGGAUUUGCGUGGACCUUGAUGGAGUUGCCACUGACUAUGCCUUCGGGGAUACAGGCUUUCAGGUCUACAUGGCUUCUGUAACUGCUUCAGGAGGUACCAUCUCGGCUGCAGCGGGGCAGGUGCUUACGAUGACUUGCAGUGGCUGUUCUACAGACACCAUGGCGUACCUUGCUGUCACCUGUGACGGCACCAUCACUGAUGGCAACAUUGUAGCGAAUGGAGCAAUGAACACAGCGGCAGUGAACCUUGCUGGGGCUUCCCCCGAUUGGACCGCAACCAUCGACGCAUCCAGUCUACAAGCUGGCCGGCACUACACGCUUUGCACCGACUUGGACGGCAGCACUGGAACUAACCCCAUGGGCGCAAAUGACUUCCUAUGGUAUGUCACAGGUUCGUCUGGCAUUCCCCACUAUAAAUUCGGCUUGAAGCAGCAGAAAGGAGUGACACGGAAAAGCAGCGAAACCUUGAUCUUCGAUUGCCCGCAGUGCAGCAACUCCAGCUCCGCCUACUUGGCCAUUGCGUGUGACAGCACGGACUUCGGUGGUGUUCGCAGCACUCCGACCAGUCGAUACAGCGGUACUGCUUCUGCUUUUCUGGAAGAGUUUGACACAGGGUGGGGUGCCACAUUUGAUACCUCGCAGCUGACAGUGGGUGUGAAUUACCAGCUCUGUUUGGACAUGGACGGUGUUCGAGAGGACUUGGCAUUUGGAUUUGCUGGCCAGACCAUCUACAUUAGCGCCAUGGUCUCAACUGCAAAUGUAGCCGUCAGCAAGACCUUCAAUGCAUACCUUGAGCUGACUUGCGAAUCUGCUGACUCGUGCCCUUCCACUGCCCUCCUCUACUUGGCCCUUUGGAGCAGUGAGUGUGCAACGGCUACCAGUGCCUUUGUGUUCGAUGCCGGCAAUACACAGAAUGCUGCAGCGCUCAUUCUUGGCGAUACAAGCACAACAACACGAUACCAAGAGGUCAGUGCCACGGGUUUGGCCAGCGGAGGGAGCUACCAGAUUUGCGUGGACCUGGACGGUUCUUCCACAAGUACGGUUGGAGGCACUACUUUUGCCAAGACUUUUGGCUGGACCGGGCUGUCCGUGUACCUCUCUACGGUAACGGCCGUGGAACCUGCGAAGAUCAACAACCAAGCCGCUCAGAUCCUGACGCUCACUUGCAUUGAUGGGAAUGCUGGCUGCCCACAAUCCGCAACGACAAUAUAUUUGACAAGCGAAGGUCGCUGUGAAGACCUGAUUUAUGAUGGAUCUCAGCUUGUUGCCAACAGCUCAAGAACACCUUCUUCGAUUGUGUACCAACCAGUUGCCUCCGAACAAGCUGUUCAAAUCGAUGCUAGCACUUUACAUGUGGGAGAUCUCUAUGAGCUUUGUGUGGACUAUGAUGGGGUGACGACCACUUUGGGCUUUGGCAAUUCUGCCGUGAAGAUUUAUGUCUCAGGACCAAUGUACAUCGCGACCGAUCGCCUCCUCCCGCGUACGGUGGAACCGAGCAGUGGACAAUAUGUGUCCUUGGAUUGCAGCUCCGGCUGUUCCGAGAACAGCACCGCCUACUUGGCUCUCACCUGCGACAUGAGUUCCAAUACUGUGAAGUCAGCAACAUCUGGUGUGAACACUGCCUCUGAACCACUGUUGGAGGAGUUUCCAAGUCGAUGGAGAAUAAACAUCAAUGCUGUUGGAUUGGCUCCUGGCUACUACUACUCCAUUUGCGUGGACAUGGACGGUGAAGAGGCAAAUCAAUACUCGGGAGAUUCAGGA